AUGAGUAGUGUAAGCAGUCGAAGUAGCCAGCCGGCGCCGUCGUCAAAGGCACCGUUGACGAAACAAAAGCCUGCCAUUGACCCGCAAUCUUCUCUACUCUCGACGACGGAAAAUGGAGCGGCGAUUGCCAUGGCCUUCCCCUCGGUAGCGUCGGAUCCCACUGCAGCGCUCCCACCGCUACGGGACGAAACUUCGGCAUACCCGCUCGUCGCCAAGACGUGUUUGCAGCUCACCCAUUUCGCCGCCAACGGAUCUUCGGCGCAUGGUGAAGAAACCACUGCGGUGGCGUCGUCGGCGCUCUUUCACGAUCCGUCGUACGCGCGUAUACUGACAACGGCCUUGGACGCCUUGAUUGUCUGCAUGCGCGACCAUCAGGACCGACGGUGCCGUAUUUUGGCAGCCCAAACACUCGCAAUACUCGCCCGUGCCGGAUACGCCAGGAUCCGGCACUCUCCCUGGGUGUUUGCGCAACGCGAACCGACCCUCGGGCUACUCGAAGAUCAGGUGGGGUCGGAAAUUCCCGCGGCGUUAGCUGUCGCGUCGCUCGACGACCCCGAUGACGGGGUAUCCGCCUUUGCUUUACAAGCCCUGGGACGGCUCGUUUUGGGGUCGUCGCCGACCAGCGGAACGCUCGUAGAAGACGACCUAGCCAGGGAGAUUGCCGCCAUUGCUUUUGCCAAAGCAACACCCUACGCUCCAACCCUGCGAGCUGUGGCCGACGAGGACCCAUCCAUCCCGAGUAUGGAAUUGCAAACGAGAGUGACGGAAAAUAUACUCAUUCCGCGAAUGCUGCAAAUGAUCGAUCGACUGUUGCAAUACCCACGAUCCGACCACGUGAUCGUCGCCUUGCCCGUCGUGGUCGCCACGCUGGUCUAUAUGGUGCAGAUUGUUCCAGCACAGUUGCAAGGUAUGGAUCCCACUACAUACGCCAAGCGUUGGAUGGAGGUGGAUGCCAAGGGUCUCGUCGAUACCCUUGUCCAAGGAGUAUUGCUACCGGCAAUGCAAUCUUCCUUGGAUGGCGCAUUGGCGUCGGCCGCGGUCCUGGCUUCGUUGCGUCUCGCACACAUCUGUCCUCAGCAAUUUUGGGUACCGCAGGUGAUAUCCGCGACCGUAGCUACCUUGCAGGAGGAACUGUUUUAUAAGCCCCUUCCGCAAUCGCUAGAACAACGCAUGACCACAACGGCGGUCGUGUUAAUUGCUUUGCGGGCCGUUCCCUUUCCGACUCGAACCGUGACCCUGAUUGCGUUAGUCGAUAUCGUGGCGGAGCUUCCCGCGACAAUCCCGGUGCCUCACGGAGUUUGUACCCCUGGCGUCUUGCUUUCUUGGGAAGGCUACAACGUUUACCAUCGACCGUCACGGAUGGGAUUCUGGACAGAAAUUGCACUCUCCUUUUUUAUCGAUGGACCCGUGGUCGAAGGUGGAAUAGCGUAUCCGCGCAAAGAGUCGCUCCAGCAAUUUCUGGGAAGUUCAUCUUUUGUCAAGGUUCUUACCGAUUCGGACAACACGCGUACAGUUUUUGCUCGCGAUGAACUGCUCGUUGCCUUUGGGACGGUCGCCGUCGAGACUGGCCGUCGUUUUCGUGUCGGAACGGACGGGUCAUCGAUCAUCGUGGAUCCGAACACGUCGUCGGUCGUCGAAUGGGUUAAAAUGGCACGACGUAUUCUCGUGGCCUUUGUGCCUUGCAUAAAUCUAGGUCCCAAGACUCCGUACUUGACGGAAGACCUGUCGAUGACUUCAGCUGGUCUCGCCACUUAUGCGCGCUUACUACAGGAGUGGUUGCAUUUUUCCGGUCUUAUACAGCCUGCCACAUCCGCGGCCCUGAAGUUGACCGCCAAUGCCUGUCCACCACAUCUACUUUUUGACACUCUUGCUGAGUCGGCCGCCUUCUUGUCCUCAUUUCCCGCCGCGGAUAUGGGCGAAAUGGAACCUUCAAGUAAACUCAUGAAUGAAAUCGUUGUCCGCGAAGUCAAGCAGGGUAUUCCGUCCCAUCAUCUACGACUGUUCGUCUUGGCUCUGGCGGCGGACCACUGGGUGCAAAGUCGCAUCUUGAGUACGCGGAAGCACUUUGAAAGUAGCAAAAAGGGCGCCAGCUCUUUGAAUCUGAAUAUGCAGAGUGGUAGAGAUAUUUGUGCUGCACUUAGUCCCAAACGUAUGUUGGCCAAAAUUAUCCAAGCUCAUGUGCCUCCCGUCGAUGCCGAUGGAAAGCGAAAGAAAGAUCCCAUCCAGAAGCUGGCACUAGAAACAGUUCGUGUUUGUGUCGCGUGCAUCGAAAACAUUGCGCUUAUUGCUUGUGAUUGGUUGAAACGUAUUGGCUCCAGCCCGGAAGCAAAACACUUGAUAUCAGUUUCCGUAGGAUUGUUGCAAGGGAAAAUUGACGAAACACCUCUGGAUAAUACAAUGCACAGUGUCGUGGGUCCAUUCUGCGAGGCAGCUGUAGCCCGUAUUCAAGCCUUUUACGAAAGUGACGACACUGGAUUGGACCAAGCAUUUCCCGUCUCCGAGCUGGUGACGCAGUCGAUCAAGACAAAAAUCAAACCGCUCGUUUCAUCGUCACCGCAACCGGCAGCAUCCGAAGAAGACUACCUCAAAGGCUAUUUGACGCAGUUUUAUCGUCAAAUAGUAUUAGGACGAGUAGCACAAGCUGUCUAUUCUUUCCCAUCGGUUGGUUCCAGUCUCUUGAUGGCGCGGCCAACGAAUUGGUUGAGGCUCAGCAUCCCGCCUAUUCCGGAAUCCAAAGAUGCUCGCGCGCUAGGGAAUGUCGGCGACACUCUCAACGCUUCCCGUGAUUUAGUAGCAGCUUCGUCGUCUCCCUCUGAUGCUACGGCUGUUGUCCUUGCCUGUAUUCCGAGAAGAAAUCCCCGAUACGACGGAGAAGAAGAGUUCCGUUUGACGGUCGUAAUGAGAGCCUAUAAUGUUACUGCAGUCGAAUUCAGUAGAGGUCUUCGCCUCGAAUUCGGCGUUACGUCCCAUGAGCCUGAUCCGUCCGAUCUAGACAACAUUACUAGCAUUGAUGAGAUCCGGUCGUUGACGAAGGUUGAGCAUGCAGGAUCAGGUGAACAAGACUCGAUUUCGGCUUCUGCGGUGUAUCGAGAUGAGCUAAAAGCGGGGGAAUAUAUCACGUGGGAAGUAUCACUGAGUCCUCUAUCAGAUAACCGAAGUAUUUCCGUCGUACCCUCGGUAAUUUAUCGAUGUAUUUCCUCCGAACCGCUAGAAGCUGGCGCGGAAUGGACUGGAUAUGGGAUGGCGGGGAGCGGAGAUAUAAGCACUUCAACUGGUGCUGAAAGCAAGACUGGAGAAGACGAUUUUCAGGUAACGCAGCUGGAUGGCAAACCGCACUUACAAUCAAGUAAGAAAUCAGAAUUCGAGAAUGUUCAAAUUUGUGGAGAAUCAUUGGUACUUUCGCCAAUGUUUGGAUUCCAGCCCUGUCCCUUAGUCUUCUUUCUAGAUAGAUGGGGAGACGUAGAUACGUUCCGCUUUCUAUGGUUUCGCAUGUUGUUUCAAGCCCCACCAAUUCGGCUGAAGGGAAAUCCACAAAUUUUUGUAUCAACUCAUGAAAAGAAGUCCUUAACGGCCAAAGUCGGGGCAUUAUCUGCUUUGACGUGGGAUGGCGAAGCAAUCCCUGGCGGUUACGCAACCAAAGCAUGGGCCUUCAUGACAUUGUCCGGAAAAAGGAUACUAGCACUUUUAACUGAAUCCGAGAGCAAAGUUUCGUCGCAACCGGAGCUCUCUCUUCAUCUUCGAGCCGACGACCGACUUUUGCUUUUCUCAUUGGUUGGAUCGAAGGCUGCCCAGGAUAGAGUGGCAAUCACUUUAACCCCAGGGCUGUUCCCCUACAUCUAA